AUUUAUUUAUUUUUCAUUCCAAUGACACUUAUCUUUCUUUGAUGAAAACAGGCAUGGAACUUCCUGUGUCCACCACCCGUCCUGAGACAAUGUUUGGUGACGUGGCCGUUGCCAUUCACCCAGAUGACUCGCGCUAUUUGCACUUGCAUGGCAAGAGAGUGUGCCACCCAUUCACCGGACGUCUCCUUCCUAUCAUUACGGAUGAAGCUGUGGAGCCGCAAAUGGGCACAGGGGCUGUGAAGGUCACUCCGGCACACAACCACGUUGACUACAAACUGGCCCAGAGGCACAAUUUGCCGCUCAUUUCAGUUAUUGCAGAAAACGGCAUGAUGACCGCAGAAUGUGGAGAAUGGGUGCAGGGAUUGCAUCGAUUCCUGGCUCGAGAGAAGGUGUUGGCUGCUUUGAAGGAGAAAGGGCUCUAUCGGGGUGCGAAAGAGCAUUGCUUAGUCCUUCCUGUUUGCAGCCGCUCUGGAGAUGUGGUUGAAAUCCUCUUGAAGAACCAGUGGUUUAUCCGAAGUGAAACCAUUGCUCAAAGCGCCUUAGAGGCUGUGGAAUCUGGAUCUUUGAAGCUCAUCCCGCAAUUUUAUGAGAAAAACUGGAGGACUUGGCUCUUGAAUAUCAACGAUUGGUGUAUUUCUCGACAACUGUGGUGGGGUCAUCAGAUUCCAGCCUAUCGGGUCAUGCUUCCUGGGUCACCUGACCUAGGAGAGCAGAAGGAGAGCGAUGGGUUAUGGGUAGUUGGCAGGACGGAAGUGGAAGCUCGGAUGAAAGCCGCUGGCAUGCUUGGAAAAUCUGAACAGCAGCUGGAGCUGGUGAGAGAUGCUGAUGUCUUGGAUACUUGGUUCUCCUCCAGCCUUUUCCCUUUUGCUGCUUUGGGCUGGCCCCACAAGACAGAAGACCUCCAGCAAUUUUUCCCCAACAACCUUUUGGAGACUGGGAGUGAUCUUCUGUUCUUUUGGGUCGCCCGGAUGGUGAUGCUGGGAAAACAGCUGACUGGAGAACUGCCUUUCUCUCAGGUAUUCCUUCACUCCUUAAUUCAUGAUGCUCAAGGCAGAAAAAUGAGCAAAUCUCUCGGGAAUGUGAUUGACCCUUUGGAUGUUAUUCAUGGGGCCCCUUUGCAGGUCCUGCAGCAGAAGCUAAAGGAGAGCAAUCUGAGUCCACGAGAGCUUGUCAUUGGUUCAGAAGGCCUGCUGCAGAAUUUUCCUCAAGGAAUUGCUGAAAGCGGCUCGGAUGCGCUAAGGUUUGCUCUCUGCCGUUACAGUGCCCACGGCACCAGUAUUAAUCUAGAUAUGGCAGACAUGGAAAAAGCCUCCCAUUUCUGUAAUAAGGUGUGGAAUGCCCUAAAGUUCACUUUUGCAGCCUUGGGAGAAGAGUUUGCCCCACUGGAUCCAGAGCAGGUCUUCCCCAGAUUUCCCAUGGACCAGUGGAUCUUCAGCCGUCUCUAUCACACAGCAGAAUAUUGUGCCCAGCACUUUGAGAACUACAAAUUGCAUUCUGUGACCAAUGCUAUUUAUCUUUUCUGGAUGCAAGAUUUUUGCAGUACCUAUCUGGAAUCUGUCAAGCCCAUCCUAAGGAGCGGAGAUACAGUUCGCCUUUUGUCUACUCAGCAGACUUUGUACACUUGCGUAGACCUGGCUCUGCGCCUCCUGUCUCCCUUCAUGCCUUUCCUCACUGAGGAGCUGUGGCAGCGACUUCCCAAGACAGACCUGGAGACGUCUCCUAGUAUCUGUGUGGCCAGGUACCCAAGCCCUGAACAUCUGAGACAUUGGUGUAAUCCUGAGGAAGAGGCAAACUUCUUGGCAGCGCAGCAAAUUAUCCAAGUGAUACGUUCCAUGAGGGCAACUUGCCAGCUAACCAAAGCUCGACCAACAGUGUAUCUGGCUUGCUCAGAAACGGCCCCCUGGGCUGCCUAUGAGAAAUAUCAGGAGCCAUUACAGACAUUGUCUUUGGCUGGAUCUGUGAAUCUUCUCCCCAGCUCUGAGGAAAUAGAGCUACCUCUGAACUGCCUGGCUGUGAAAGUCAAUGAUCAUACUAGCAUUUACAUGGAUCUGCAGGAUUUGGUGGAUCCUCACAAAGAACUCAUCAAACUGACAUCCCAGCAACAGAAAUUAAAGCAACGGCUGGCAAAUCUCACAGAAAAACUUCAGAAGCAAAACUCCUUAAAAGCCAAAAUGAAUCACGAGCAAAAGAUUUCCUUCAUUCGUUCAGAGCUGCAGCACAUAGAACAAGUGUUUGCCACUUUUCAGAAAAUGGCCAAAAAACAGGAUGCUGGACUGACUAAGGAGAACUAAUGGAUUUACCCUGUUCCAGAUAGUAGAAUUUACUCCAAAGCAGAGGAUGCUGAGCUUGAGGGCAGGUCCUGGAAGGUUCACACGAGUUUAGGCAUCACCUUCUGUGGUGGGAACUGAUCUUAUAUUACUCAGGGUUUGUCAGCACCAGCCCAGUUUUAGAAGCAUCAGUGAUGAUGGAGGCUGAAAAAAAUAUUAGAGCCAUCAUGGUGGCAUCUGCCAUGAAACCUUUCCCCUCCUUCCCCCCCAUAUGAUCACAUUGCUUAGAAAUUGUUGGGAUAGAUUAUUUGAACAAGGAUAUAAAUGUCGGAAACAUGUCAUAGUUUACUGCUCUACUUUUCUAAUAAAGAGGAAAUGGGCACUGUAUUUCCCCCUUAUGGGUAAUUUCCUUUCCAUUGGCAAGGAUGUAACAUUUUUGGUCCUUUUGACUACUCAGUUCAGACUGCUUCACUUGGCUUGGAGUAUAAUAUUGUUUGGUACCCUAUUAAAAUAUUUAUGUUUUUAAAACA